AUGGACAUGCCGAGCCAGACUGUUGGGGCCGAGGGAGUGAAAAAGGAGGACUCGGACGAGACCUUGUCGUCGCCGGAAGCUACGGUGGCCGCUGACGCCGGCGCUGGAGGAGAAAGGGUGUUGGCCCUGAAACCCGAGCCGAGCACUGUCGGGAAGAGGAAACGUGGUCGCCCUCGAAAGACCGUCGUCGACGAAACAAUGAUGGGCCCGCCUCCCGCACCGGCACCGUUGAGGGAUGCGGCGGCUUCCCGUGCGGCUCCUCCACAUGCCGAGUCGUCCUCGGCUGCCAGGCACGGAAGAGGGAGGCCGAAGAAAGCUUUUAAGAUUAAGCUCAUGCAAAUUCCUCCUACCGGGCUCGUUCAUAAUCUCGGAUCGGCCUUCAAGCCGCUCGUCCUGACGGUGCCCGUGGGACGUGACAUCAUUCAAGAGCUGUCAUCAUAUGUUCAGGAUGAUGAUACAACGUUGGUUCCUUUCAGUGCUACUGGUGAAGUCUCUUCUAUCACCUUCUAUAGCAGCGAUCCUGAUGGAGAAAAAACCCACUACGAGGGCCGCUUUGUGAUUAAUGUUCUGCAAGGGUCAUUGAACCGGAAAUAUGGGAUGUUGAGUUUAAUGAUGACAGAUCCUCAAGGGCGAUAUAUCGGCGGCACCCUCGCCGGUCCUCUAGUUGCCGGCAACCAUGUUCAAAUUAUUUUCGGCACCUAUAACGACAUCAUGGAGCGGAAGAACAAGAGAAAGCAGCGCUCAGCUAAUGCUUUUGCAGCUGCGGCUGCUCAGACCAAGAAUGAUGUCGACGAUGCGGAGCUGGUGGACGUCCCCGUGUGCGUGGGUGAGGUGGCAGAAGGCAAUGCAAAUGGCAGCUCCCCAGGACCUGAGGGAUCGGACGAGGAAGAGCCGAUCAUGGCCGGCCCUAUUACUAUCGUGCCGCCAGCCUCGAGUCUCCCCGAGGGAUCGGACGAGGAAGAGCCGAUCAUGGCCACCCCUAUUACCGUUGUGCCACCGGCCUCGAGUCUCCCCGCGACACCGGAAGACGAGAAUGAGUCCGUGGAUGUCUGUGGCAGUGACUCUGAGAAGUGAAGUUCUAGCCCUGGCGAGCAAGACCGUUGUUUUGGAAGCUCCCGUCAUCGCCAUCGUCGUAGUUUUCCCUUCUGUUGUUAUUUUCUUUCGGUUUAAUUUCCGUGAAUCGGACUUACCUGAUGUAAUCUUGCUUUAUGAAUAACGACUGUUAUCCCGUUUUCUUCAUGUUUGUUUUCACUUCAUUUCCGGAUCAAUUCUUACCAUGGAUUUGCAUA